AACAAAGAUGUUAUUAGUAAAUAUUUUUAGAAGGUCUGGAAAAUGUUUAUACUGGUAAUUCAUAACAAAAUAUUUGAAGAUGAUACAUGUAUCUUAUUGUAGAUCAUUACAGAGAAAACAGAAGUUCAGAAUAAAUCUAUGCAAGAAGCUGAAGCUAGAAAAUCAGAAGAAGAUUCAAAUUGCACAAUGACUGACAAUGAAAUCAAUAAAGGUUCAGAAGGAUUUUCAAAAUCAAAAGAAGCCUUCAGUCAGACAAAAAGGUCAUGGAAUAAAAGAAGUAAAUCUAGCCAAACCAAAUCUAAAACAUCUACCAAAGGGACUCAAAUAAAUAUGUAUCCUGCCAGAAGAAGUGUGGGUAUACAGUGCAAUAUAAACGAUAAUGAACAAUCUAUGAGUGAUCAAUUCCUAAGAUACGAGGAUGACAUGCCAACAGAAUCCUCCGACCUGGAAAUUUCUUCUGAUUCUGAAUAUCAAGAACAUCCUGAAAGUGAUGAUUCCAUGGAGUAUUCCUCCGAGGAAAAUGAAAAACCAAAUGCAAGAGAAGAGAAGAAAUUCAUUGUGUUUCAAUCCCAACUGAUGAAGUUAUUUCAUACCUGUUCCAAAUGCAAGUCUCCAGUUGUGGGGAAGAUAAAACAAAUAAAAGGAUCAUUCAUUUCAGUUGAAGUGGAAUGUAUUCUUUGUAAUUUAAAAUCAACAUGGAAUAGUCAACCCUAUAUUGGAGAGGUACCUGCAGGAUAUCUUCUGAUAUCAACAUCAAUUGUACUAUCAGGGUCCAUUCCAAGUAAAGCUCUCAGAAUGUUUGAAUUCAUGAAUGUUCAAGCUCCAAAACUGUCAACAUUUUACAAUCAUCAAAAGUGCUAUAUACAUCCUGGAAUUUUUCAUAUUUGGAAGAAUUUCACAAAUUCUUAUGUAGAAUAUGUGAAGCAACAAGGAAAUCCACUGGCUCUGGGUGGAGAUGGCCGAGCUGACAGCCCUGGACACUCUGCAAAAUAUGGGGCUUAUUCAGUGAUAGAUCUAGAUGAGGGGCUAAUUGUGCACAUAGAGCUUGUUCAGUCAAAUGAAGUCAAAAGUAGUUCCCACAUGGAAUUAGAAGGUUUGAUUAGAACAAUGGCUUAUUUUUGUGAUAUGGAGGUAGAAAUAGGCACAUUAGUAACUGAUCGGCAUGUCCAAGUCAACAAGUGGGUUCGUUUUCGGUAUUUGAUGCCAUGA